UCGUAUUUUUUUUUCUCGUAAAAAAUUUGUUAAUCACUACUAGCGGCCGUGAUCGGAAGGAGAAAUAGAGGAGGGAGACUAAAGAAAUCGCGCGUUUGAUCUCUCGUUCUCGAUCGUCUUCUUCAUCGCUUGCGCAUCAAGAGAAUAGUGACUGGCAUUCGCAACAAACCCUCAAUCAUGAGAUUCAAGAAAGGGAGCAAAAUUGAAGUACAAAGGAAGGUGGAGUCUCAUAUGGGUUCCUGGUGGCCUGCCCAGAUAAUAUCCGGUAAUGGGCGCCUCUAUCAUGUUAGAUACGAGUACGACCAAUGCUAUCGGGACAAGUGUACAGCUGUGGAGAGAGUGCCAAGGAAGGCAAUUCGACCCUCUCCUCCUCUAAUGGCGGAUCCGCUAGAUUUGGCGUCCGGUGACAUCCUUGAGGUCUUCGACAAUGGCUCGUGGAAACUCGCGGAGAUGACGAGGGUCGUCGAUGGGCAUCAUUAUUUUGUUCGACUUCUUGAUUGCUGCGAGGAGUUUGAAGCCCAAAGAUGCAACCUUCGACUACGGCAGCUUUGGCAUGAUGACCAAUGGAUUCUGAUUCCUAAGGAUUGUGGAAAGCAAACUGGUAGAACAUUCAAAGGAGAAAAGUUUUCUCCAGGCAUGAAGAGAAAAUCACCGGUCCUAUCGCGUCCUGCCAAGUCAAUCGAUGGAGCUAUCGAAAAGCAGCGAGCAGUCAAGAGAAGAAGAUGUGAACAACUGGUGGCAGGACAUUCACCUCAUUUAUGGGAGAAGGUAGAUGCUGUUGCUUCCCCAUGCAUAAUGCAGGGUGACAAUAACAUGCAUUCUUCCUUAAACGACAGAACAACUGGCUUUUUUCAUAUGGCUGCAAGUAGGAGAAUUCCAGAACCUAGCUGUGCUGAGAUUACCUCAUCCUCUGUUGGUAGUUGUAGUGUCGGUGAUAGUUCCUAUCGCUAUCCUAUUGCUGAUCCAGUUCAGGACUUUCACGAUAAUUGGGAUGACGCUGAAUCUUCUUGUUGCCAUGGAAGAAAACAACCUAUUCCUUCAGAAAAACUGCUUACAACACAAACACGCUUGUUUGAGUUGUCUGCCUACCGUUCCACUUUGAUCGCGUUGUACGUUUCUGGACCCAUAAGUUGGGAACAGGAAGCAUUGAUGACGAAUCUCCGCAGUGUAUUAAACAUCUCUGAUGACCAACAUCGUUUGGAGCUGAGGAACUUAGCAACUUGUGCCUUCUGAAGUACCUUCUUGCUAGCCCAAAGCCAUCUCUAGGUUAAUCUUUUAUACAGUGGUAUAUGUCUCAAUGUUGUUUUAUUUGUUUCUUUCGCUGUAUAGUGGGAAACCACUUUUAGCUGCCUCUUCACAAGUUUACAUUUCUCUGUAUUUCGAUGAAAAGGGCAGAAUACUUGGAAAAGAAAAUUGUAUCAUAACUAAUUAAAAACAUUGAGAAAUAUUUUUUUUGAUGUA